AUGGCGGCGACUAUGGAUCCGAGGCUCUACCCCCGACGAGUCCGCUAUGCCGCCCUCCUCACCGUCAACGUCUUCGUCUUCAUGGGGAAUAUGUACUCGUCCGGAAUAGCAACCGGAUUCGACAACCUCGCCGCAGACCUAGCCCUAAGCUACCAGCAACUGUCGAACCUGAUCUCCUACUCCGUGCUCACCAUGGGGCUAGCCAAUCUCUUCUGGAUGCCGCUGGCCCUGUGUUUCGGGAAACGGCCCGUCGUGUUGCUCUCCAUGCUGAUGUUUGUCACGGGCAUUGUGUGGACGGUUGUGGCGAGGGAUUUUCAUAGUUUGUUGGGGGCGAGGGUUUUUGCGAGUUUUGGUUAUGGAUCGAUUGAGUCGUUGGGACCGAGUAUUCUUGCUGACAUGUUCUACGAACGCAACUACUCCACCGCCAUGGCCAUGUACGCCCUCUUCCUGUCCGCCGGCUCGCAGAUCGGCCCCCUGAUAGCCGGGUAUCUCGUCGAGGCGCGCGGCUGGCGCUGGUUCUUCAUCCUGUGUCUGAUCAUCGCCGCCGUGAACCUGGUGACGACCUUCUUCCUCCUCCCGGAAACGCUCUACGAGGGCGACCUCGCUGACCCCUCGGAGGCCGACGAUAAAGGCAAAGGAGAUGCCUUCCAGAGCCAUAUCGAGGCAGUUCCGGAGGGCAGACAACAAGGCCAAGGGCUGUUCUCCUACGCGGAGUAUUGGAGGAGUCUGUUCAAGGUGGGAGUGUCGGAUGCGGCGAAGGAACAGGGUUGGUUUAGGUAUAUGGCGCGCAUGGCGUGGUUGCCGUUGCCGAUGUUGCUGGUGCCGGGGGUUUUGGUCGCGUCGAUGAUGUAUGGGGUUGUGUUGGGGGCCGUCGUCAUGAUCUCCACCCUCCUAGCCGACCUCCUAUCCCCCCCUCCCUAUGACUUCUCGUCCGCCGACCUCGGCCUCUUCAGCCUGGGCAGCUUCGUCGGCAUCCUCGUAGUCUGGCCGAUCGCCGGCCCUAUGACCGACGCGCUCUCCAGCUAUCUCCGCAGACGCAACAACGGGAUCCACAAGCCCGAGCAUCGCAUUCCCGCUCUGAUCGUCCCCUUCCUCAUCGCGCCCGUCGGCCUGGUCGUCUUCGGAUACACCAUUUCCCGAAACAUGCAGUACGUCGCGCCGGCCGCAGGCUCGGCAAUGUCCGCGGCAAGCCUGACGCUUGUCCCGUCGGUGAUGCUGUCAUACGUGGUCGAUUCGUAUCCGCAUGCGAGCGGCGAGGCACUGGUGCUGGUGAAUACGUGCAAGAAUGUCGUUGCAUUCGGGUUGACAAAGGGGUCGGUGAGCUGGAUGGAUAGCCAGGGCGUCGCGAAGAUGUUCUAUGAGUUUGCGGGCAUUCAGUGGGCGGUGCUGGCGCUGGGGUUGCCGCUUUACUUUGCCGGGCCGUGGAUUAGGAAGAGGACUUCAAAGUAUUUUUAGGGU